AUGACAUGGACUGAGGCCCAGAGCUACUGCAGAGCAAACUACACAGACCUGGCCAGUGUGAGAAACGUGGCAGAGAACCAGAAGAUACAGGAUUUGGUCAGUGGGAAAAUCAUGGCAGAGAACCGGAAGUUACACAAUCUGGUACGUGAUGGGGAAGCAGCCUGGAUCGGACUUUCCAGAGACUCCUGGAAGUGGUCGGAUGGAAGUAACUCCACAUUUAGGCUCUGGAAGACUGGGGAACCUGACAACAAUGGGAAUGAGGCUUGUGGGGCUGCAAACUUCAAAUCCUCUGGACAAUGGGAGGAUAUUCCCUGUGAUGUGAAGAUACCGUUCAUCUGCUACAGUCCACUUCCAAAGCAAGACAUAAAAGUGUUCAAACUGAGGGUGAAGUCAAGCUCCUCUCUGGAUCUGAACGACCCUGCUGUGCUGGAGAACAUGUUGCUGAAGAUCAAACAGAAGCUGAGGGACCAGGGAUUGGAUGACAACAUCAAAGUGACCUGGAAUAAGCAGCCUGAUGGAAAAGUCUUCUACGAGGAGAAGAAUAAUAAGAAGGAUGAGUUUUUAAUGUGGAAUCUCUGUGUCGGUUUUUCUUUCUUUCCUCAAAGUCGUCAUGUAACUGCUCAGAAUAGAGCUGGACAAUCAGCUGAUUAGUCGAUUAGUCGCAACUAUUUUGAUAGAUUUGAUGCUUUUCUUUGUUAUAUAUGAUCAUGAACUUAAUGUCUGUGUUCUUUAGACGGUUGCAUUUAUCUGCUAGGGCUGUGUGAUAUAAUGACAGGAAUGUUUACUAUUUUAUGACAUUUUAUAUGAUUAGAUUAGAUCAAAUAUGAUAAUAAACUAUAAGAUAAAAUAAUGUUUCACUUAAGGCAACUCCAGUGAAAUAAACACCAAUACAAAAGAUGACCUUUAAUGUUGUGAAGAAACUUUCAAAUCUAUUUUCAGGAGAAAGAAAAUAAUUUCUUAAUUUGAGAGUAAUAUUGCAUCAAAAAAUGUGUUGUUGUCUCGCUGUUAUGUGUUAGAAUAUCUUCAAAUAAUUACAUGCAUGGCGAUUAAAAUAUGAGAUUUUAAUUAAUUUUCUUUGUCUCUGGGGCUUUAUAACAGGCAGUUUCACAAUAUUCUGAAAUGUAAGUGACUUUAUUUAUGUGACUGUAACAUCUUCCAAGCAAAGAUGCUAAAUAUUCACUGGUUCCAGCUUCUCAAAUAUGAAGAGUUGAUGCUUUUCUUUGUCAAAUAAUAUAAACUUAAUAUCUGUGGCAUUUAGACUGUUUGUCGAUGUCGUGAAAAAGCUUUAAAACAUAUUUUCAUUCAAAUUAAAUGUUUUUCAAAUGAGAUGUAUAGAAAAUAAUUACAUGUAUUAUUUGUAUGCUGUCACUUUGUUAGAGAUGCAAACUUUAAGCAAUUUCAUGUGUCUUGUUUCUAAGCUAAAAUGCUUAAAUAUUAAGAUUUGAUGCUUGUUUAGAUAUCUUUUGGUUUUAAAAGUUAAAUAAAAACUAUAUCC